AUGGCCCGUUUGGCGCAGCUCCCCGCACGUCGUCCUUCGCAGAGCCCAGAGAUAGCUGCACCGCGCCGCGCGUUGCCCAAGAAAGCGGCCACCAAGCGGAAGAUUGAAGCGCACCAACUCACACCUGAGCAGGUCAUUGUGUCCCUCUCGAACCUCCAGAAGGGCCUCUCACACGUCCAAAAUGGCCUCCAGGACAUGAUGAACGCCUACAUCAAGCACACCACCUCUGUCAUCGCCGGAGAGGAUGGCGCCCUCGAGGCCCUCUCUGUUCUGCCAUUGAACAUCGCCGAGACCGCCAAAGAUGCCAUGGCCGCUGCAACUUCCGCAGUCAACAACGUCAAUCAAAGUGUCGCGGCUGCUACUCCCGCUGCAGAACCCGAGCCAGGCAAGACCAAAAAGCGCAAGCGCGAGAAGAAGGAAAAGGACCCGAAUGCGCCGAAGCGCCCCUUGACGGCAGCCUUCUUGUAUGCGCAACAUGCUCGACCCAUUGUCAAGAGAGACUUGGAGUCUUCGCUUGCUCCCGGUGCAAAGCUCGAGCCGAAUGCUGUCAACUUUGAGGUGAACAAGCGGUGGAACGAGAUGCUGGAGGAGGACAAGGAGAAAUGGCGGGCAUCCUACCGCUCCUCCAUGGAGCAGUUCAAAGAAGACCUGGCCGCGUACAAGGUUAGCAAGGGCUCCGGAGCUGACUUGCCGCACGAGGACGAAGAGGUAUCUGACGAAGCUGAGGCCGGUGUUCUCGAGGCUGGUGCUCUCGACUCCGAGGCUGAGUUUGACUCUGAGGAUGAAGCUGCCCCCGAACCUUCUCCCGUCGCCAAGGCACAUUCUCCACCCGCCGCCAACGGCAAGACACCGCGCGCCACCAAGCGCCAGAAGACCGCCCAGGCCCCCCAGGUCAACGGGACCACCAUCCCUAUCCCAAUUGCCCCAGCUGGCUCCGGACCUACGCCCGUCCCCCUCCCUAUUAGCUCUCGUCAAGCAGCGCAGGCUGUCCCUCCAACAUCCAACGUCGAACCCGCUGUAAACACCACCUCAGCAAAGGAGAAGAAGGACAAGAAGAAGAAGUCGGCCAACGUCCCGAUUGCGCCCGCCCCUGCUCCUGGCAAAGAGCCCUCGCCCGAUGAUGGCAAGAAGAAGACCAAGAGCGGCCGUACCACGCGCAAUGCGGAUGUGGAUGCCGAGACGGCGGCGGCGCAGAGCCAGGAGAAGGAGAACAAGGUUCCAAAGAAGCGAGAUCGCAGUAAGAGGAAGAGCGAGGCUGCUGCUGCCUAA